AUGGGCUGCGAUCUGGAAGAGACGGAGCCGCUGACGUGGCAAUACACGGAGCACUCAGUACUCAAGUACGACCUGCGCAUCCUUCACCUCCUUUGCUUGUGGCCACUCCCAGGCUCGCUGUUAUUCCGAACUUUGACAGCGUUCUUUAUCGCGCUGUGCUUGGGGCACUUUGCAGAAGCGGUGGUCAACCUGUGUACGCUGAGUGGCGACAUGGAGGCCUACACGCUGGCGCUGUCCAACGUUUCGGUAGUCAUAGUAGGCGUUCUUAAAGUGACAUUCUUCCUGCGCCACGAGCGCAAGUACUGUCGGCUGGUACGUUGGCUGGACGCGUUAGUGGCAGCCGAGAGGGAAUCCGUUCACGGGCGGCCGUUGCUUGAGGCUAUAUUCCCGGCAGCCCAGAAACGGGCCGUUCGCAUCGCGAGGGGCUUGCUCUUGUACAACUGUUUCCUGCUCUCCAUCUGGUUGACAGCACCCCUCGCCGCCCCACCGGAAGCUAGAAUACUACCCCUGCAGCAACUUCCUUUAACGGACGCGAACGCUUACCCCCUUGGCUAUGAUCUACACUGCCGCACUGCUCAGAAGUUUGGCAUCGCGUCUUGCCGACCUGCAGGUGCAUGA